UCUUUUUGCGCACAAAAAAGCUGCAAAAAUAUUUCCUUUUUGUUUGAAUUAAACUCUGCAAACUUUACAAAAAAACCCACUCUGCCACCCUUUCCUUCUUCAGCACUCAUCUUCAUCUUUUUCAACUACUACAAAUUAAUUUGUACUGUAAUUUUUCUGGAUUUUUCUUUUCUAAGUUCUCACGUUUUCAGGGUUUUUCUUCUUCUUCAGAAAAAUGGGAGAUUCAGGUUCAUCAACAAUGUCAUAAAUGGCUGAAGUUUGGCGAGAAUUAUGGUCAGAAAUUCUGAAGAGAAUCCCAGCAAAAGAGUUAGGCAAAUGCAUUUGUGUCUGCAAAAUAUGGUAUUCUCUCAUUCUCUCUCCUAAGUUCAUAGCUUCACACACUAAAUUUCAUCAAACCCAUCUCAAUUUCCUCCUUAGAAGUUUCACUAAACCUUCCCUGGCUGAAAGUGGUGUUGAAUCUUACCAUUUUUCCUCUGAUUCUGAAGAAAUUUCUGGGCUUUUUAACAAGGGUUCUAUUCUUCCUUUUAAAACCGGGGUGGGUUUGAAUUUUCGUGUUGUUGGGUGUGUUAAUGGUGUUGUUUUUCUUGCUGAUACUCAAUUUGGGAACAGAUAUUCUUUCUAUUUGUGGAACCCUUUGAUUAAGAAGCAUAUUAAGGUACCAAAACCAAGAAUUGUUUUUGAUGUUGUUGGACCUUAUAUGCAUGUUUUUGGAUUUGGGUAUGAUUCCAAAACUCAGGAUUUGAAGGUUGUUAGGGUUUCUCAUAUUCAGCUUAAUUCUGGGUUAGAUGAGAUUCCUCCAAAAGCUGAGGUUUAUAGUGCUAAAUUGGGGGUUUGGAGGUGGGUUUUUGCUGAUGAUGUUACUACUUGCAUUGCUGAGGAUAUUUGGUCUCAAUGUUUUCUGCAAGGGUGUGUUCAUUGGGUUGGGUUUGAUAGGAAAGACGAGUCUGAUUCGUCGUUUAAGAACAACUGUCUGUUGGUGUUUGAUGUUGAGGAAGAGAAGUUUAGGAAGAUGGAGCUGCCUUUGGCAUUGCUUGAGGUGUGCCCCAUUGUUCUUGAGGUUUCUGAAUUCAAGGGUUUGCUGUCAAUGAUUCAGUAUAAGAGGAAUGGAGACGGUUUUGAGAUGUGGAUUCAGAAGGAGUAUGAUGUGAUUGAUUCCUGGAGUAAGGUUCUGAGUGUUGAUUUCGAUGAGCCAAAAUUGCUGAAGGUUCUAAGGUGGAGGCCAAAUGGAGAGGUACUAGCACAAACCUUUGAAGGAGAGCUGGUGUCUUACAAUCCUGACACCAAAAACAUGAUAACUAUUCGCGAUGAUGGCAUGUUUGCUGCCUUUUAUGCUUGUGCUUUCACGGAGAGCCUGUUUUUUCUUGAAAAAGAUUGUGAGAGCAAGAGGACUGUCCGUUUGGAGGAAGAUGACACUAUCUGCAAUGAAGAUGGGAAUAGUUCAUCUCUAGAUACAAUCAGAGUACGCAUGGGGAAAGCUUUUGUAAUACUCAAUCAAAUGAUUAAGUUUCGUCGUGAAUUCUAGAUAUCUUUUUCAGCUUGCAUGAUGGUGUGAUAUUGCGCGUUGGACCUUUUUUUUUUCCUGAUGAGGCACAGUGAGUCUUCGGCUUGUGAAGUGAUUGCUUUGGCUUGUGGAGUGGUUAGGACUCUGCAUUUCUUUCAACUCGUAAACGAAUUAUGCUUAGUAAGAUGGUAAUUAGACAUGGGCAUGUUACUGUUUAAUUGUUAAUUUUGUUACUAAUUAUGUACUCGUACUUAGUAGUAAUCGUAGUAGUAGCCGGUGUUUAUGUACUACGGAGUAGUAGGUUCAGUACUAACUGGAGGAGUAGAAGGUAAGCUUGCUUUGUUAACAAUCAGAAAAUGUUUUGUGGCUUAAUCCUUAUGACUUGAACUCAUCAUAUCAAUUACGUAGUA